CAUCGCCAUCACCGUCGCCAUCACCGUCGCUGUCGCCGAUUCCCGCACGCCCAGCCAUGACGGUCACCACCAGCUUUCUGACCGGCGCCCCCGCGGCCAUCCUGGCCUACUGCGGCUCGUCGAUCCUCAUGACCGUCACCAACAAGGUCGUCCUGUCGUCCUACAGGUUCAACAUGAACUUCCUGGUGCUGGCAAUCCAAUCGAUCGUCUGCGUGAUUAUUCUGGAGCUGUUUGUCGCCCUCAAGUGGUCGUCCCACCGGGCUUUCAAGGUCGAGGAGGCCAAGAAGUGGUUUGUGGUCUCGCUGGCUCUCGUCGCCAUGAUCUACACCGGCUCAAAGGCUCUCCAGUACAUGUCCAUCCCGCUCUUCACCAUCUUCAAGAACCUCACCAUCAUCCUGAUCGCCUAUGGCGAGCUGAUGUGGUUCAACGGCUCGCGCAUUACCAAGCUGAUGCUCCUGUCGUUCAUCAUGAUGGUCAUGUCCUCGGUCAUUGCUGGGGCGUCUGAUAUUGCCAGCGGCAAGGCACAGGCCAAGGUCGAGGCGAGCAACUUUGUUGCGUACGGAUGGAUGGUCUCCAACUGCCUCACGACGGCCUUCUACGCCCUCAUGAUGCGAGGCAAGAUCAAGGAGGUUGGCUUCAAGGACAACGACACGGUCUUCUACAACAACCUGCUCUCCAUCCCGAUCCUCGUUGUGAUGUCGUUCCUGACCGAGGGCAACGAGUACCGCAAGACCGUCGAUCGAUACUGGGGCGAUGAUCUGGAUGCCUCGCGGCAGUCCGAGUUCCAGGGCCUCGCCAUCGCCCUCGCCAUCUCUGGCAUCAGCGGGUUUGCCAUCAGUUACGGCAGCAGCUGGUGUGUCCGAGUGACGUCCUCCACAACCUACAGUAUGGUGGGUGCCCUCAACAAGCUUCCGAUUGCGAUUGCCGGCAUGAUCUUCUUUGACGAUGCAGUUACCGUCCCUGGCGUCCUUGGUGUCCUCAUUGCGUUCACGGCCGGCAUCAUCUAUUCCCAUGCCAAGAAUCUGCAAAAGGCCCAGCAGGGACUUCCUCUCCCUGUCACCGAAUCGCCCAAGGACAAGUCCUUUGGCGGCCCCUCUCCUCGGGACCCGAUCGUGUUUGAUGCCGAAAUCGCUCAAAAGAAGCAGAGCGCCUAGUGCGGUUUUUGUUGGCGGCAGGAGUCGCCUGGAUCUGCGACUUUCCCACGCCAGCCCAUCCACCUGUGCGAUUCACUGACGGCGCUGUUUCGGCGGGAUUGCGUCGAAUGUGACUGCUGGCCUUGGCAUCUAUGGCUGCCCGCACCGACCUUUCCACAAUACAUGCUAGCAUAGCACCCUU